UUUAUCCAACACCCACCAAAACCCUUCUCUCUCUCUCUCUGGAAAAGCUGUGCCCUUUCUCUCUCUAGUUCUUGAAAUCUCCUUCAAGGACAUGACUGAUCCAUCAGGAGGAAACCACGGCGGCGGCGUGGCGAUGAGAGAGUACAGGAAAGGGAACUGGACGGUGAGCGAGACGAUGGUGCUGAUAGAGGCCAAGAAGAUGGACGACGAGCGGCGGCUCCGGCGAUCCAUCGGCCUCUCCACGGCGGAGCAACACGACGGAGGACGAGGAAAACCGGCCGAGCUCCGGUGGAAAUGGAUCGAGGAUUACUGCUGGAGAAAAGGGUGUUUGAGGAGUCAGAAUCAGUGCAACGACAAGUGGGACAAUCUGAUGAGAGAUUACAAGAAGGUCAGAGAGUACGAGCGGCGAAGUGUAGAAUCGUCUUUACACGUACCCGAAGACUCGGCCUCGGCCUCCGCCUCAGGCUCUGCCUCUGCCUCGUCGUCGUCGUAUUGGAAGAUGGAGAAGAGCGAGAGGAAAGAGAGGAACUUGCCGAGUAAGAUGUUGUCUCAGAUAUACGACGCGUUAGUUGAGGUUGUGGAGAAAAAGGGUUUGUCUUCCACCGUCGCCGGAGGCGGCGGCGGCGGCGGACAACUUCCCAGGCUUCUUCAUCAGUCUCUAUCAGGUCCAAUGAUUGGUCAGCUGAAGCAUCAGAUUCCGGCUCCUGUUGUAUUACCACUUCCGCCGCCGCCACCACCGCCUCCGGCGCCGCAAUUUACCGCCGUGUCACUUCCUCAGCCGCCACCGCCUUCUUUUCAUGCUCAGACAGUAUUGCCCACAGUGGGUCGUAGUAGCUCAGAUUCUGAUACGGGUGAGUCUCUAGACACGUCAUCGCCGGCGAAGCGGAGGAGGAUAUCGGAGGCGGAAGCUGGUCCGAGCGGCGGCGGCGGGGGGAGCGACGCGGUCGGGGAGGCGAUAUCGAGAAGCGCGUUUGUGAUCGCAGACGCGAUUAGGGCAAGCGAGGAGAGACAAGACAAGAGGCACAAAGAGCUCGUGAGUUUGCAAGAGAGGAGGCUGAAGAUCGAAGAAUCAAAGGCUGAGAUGAACAGACAAAGCUUGAAUGGAUUGAUGGACGCCAUUAAUAAGCUUGCUAAUUCAAUUCUUGCUUUGGCUUCUUCUCAUGAUCAUGAUCAUCAUCAUCAUCAUCAACACAAUAAUCAGCAACAAGAAGGUCCACCAUAAUCAUAUAUAUACAUAUAUAUAUAUUGCUUAUGGCUAUAUAUAAUCACUGAUUAUCAUAUUAUUAUUUAGUUAAUGAUUUAUGAAGAAUUUGUAUUGAUUUUUUUUUAUGUUCUAUAUAUAUAUAUGUUGAUUCCAUGCUAAUGAAGCCUCUGAUUAAGUGUAAUCUAUCACAUUUUUUUUGUUCAUACAUUGGGUUUGAAAUGCUCCAACUGUCUGCUGUUCUGUUUUUUUUUUUAAUUUAUAAAAUUUUCUUUUAUU